CGGAGGGUCCUCUUCGUCCUGCGAAAAAAACAGCAACAUCGUGUGCAUAAUCCAGAGGGUGUGACCAAAUUGAACGACGCGAAAUUUUCAUACUUUGCCCAGUCUUUGGAAUGUGAAGGUCCUUGCUCGUGUGUUAUGUUGCCUUUUCUCCGAAAUUGCAAAAACAAAAAGUCUAAUCAAGCCGAACUAAAAAACAUUACAAGCUUAUUGCAAUAAACAGGAACACGCGUGUGCCGGAAAAUAGAAAAUAUCGAGUUAAUGCAAAUCGUCCAACGUCUGUCAACUGAAUAAAGUGCAGCAAAAAUGCUCGGCAAUUUGGAUUCGGUGUCAAGAGGUUAGGAAACUCAGGCCCGUGAGCACGUAGCAGGAAAACCCAGCAGUAACGAGGGAAAGGAAAACCGCCAGUAGCAACAAAGGACAGGAAGAGCAGGCAUACAUUUCAGGGAGGGAAAAGCAGAAGAAAGCAGGCCAGGAUGGGCGACUAUCACGAGUUCACGGACCAAUACAAGGUGCCGGUGAUAGCAAAGCUACUCCACGCCCUGCCCCAUUACAACAUCACGUUCCACAAGAUCAACAGCACGUUCCGGCCUAACGAUGAGAUCUACUUGGAGAGUCUGGGCAUUUUGGGCUCGGUUCCGGCUGCCAUGCUGAUCGUCUCGCUGCUGGGACUGCUCUUCUAUCUGAUGACCCGCUGCUGCGACCGGAAACCCCGGCCAGCCCACUCGAUCACCAGUUUGAAGGUGGCCCUGUCCAUUGUUACGGUCAUGUGCUGCGCGGCGAUUGGAUUGGGCUUGUACGGCAACGAUGAUCUGCACAACGGACUGCUGGAGGUGCUGACGGCAGGCAGAAAGGUGGACAACCUCGUGACCACCAUCCGGAAUCAGACCCACAUCCUGGAGAACACGCUAACGAAUCGCAUACGCCCGCAACUGGUGGAAUUGGCGGACAUCUUUGAUCAGCCUGUGUCGAAUCAAUCGGCAUUGUCGAAGCUCUUUGUAUCGCUUAAUAUUGUCCAGGGAAAUGUUACCUUGGCCACAAACGCGGCCAGCGAUAUCCGACGACCACUGAUGGGCAUCUCCAUGACGCACUUUUUGACGCGCGGCGACCAAUGGGAGCUGAUUCGCUGGCCGGGCACAGUGGCCACUUUGGCCCUGCUUCUAGUCCUGUGCGCCGUGUUGUUGGUGGGCGUGGCCCGGCACUCACGUUGCGCCCUAAUCUUGUUCAGCGUCUGCGGCCUACUUGCAGUCACUGGUUCCUGGCUGAUGUCCGGUCUGUAUCUUUCCUCCUCGGUGGCUGUCGGCGAUCUGUGCAUCUCGCCAGCGGAUUUUCUAGUGUCCACGGCUCCCAGGGAUCUGCCCACGAACGUGCUGCUGCACUACACCCAAUGUGAACCGGGCCACACGAAUCCGUUUACCCAGCGCUUGAGAGAAUCGCAAAACUCUUUAAACAAUGCCCGCAGCGCCAUGGCUACGGUAAUGAAGAUAUCGCUGGUGCUCUUUAAAUCCUCCGGCUUGCAGCCGAAAUUGGGUGCUGUGAAUGCGGAUCUGAACAGCAGUGAACGGCUAUUGACCCAAUUGACGGCGCUCGUGGAUUGCAAGGCAGUGCAUCAUAAUUUUCUAGCCGCCGCUCGUGGACUUUGCGAGGGAGGCCUGCUGGGAUUGGUCCUAAUGCUGAUAGCCAGCUUUAUUGCGGCCAUUUUGCUAACCAUAAUGGUUUGGGUGGAUUCGCACACAUGGAUUUACAUACGGAAGCGGAAUGACUAUGCCCAGGUUGAUGAACCAUCGUAUAUUUCCCACCCGGCACCGCAGAACCACCAGCAGAUGAUGAACGCCGCCAGGACAUUGCCGCGAAACCAUAAUGGGCACUUCAGUCCGCCGGUGAUCAGUGGCUCCCACACGCUCCAGCAUCCCAGCAAGCGGCAGCAGCACGAGAUGAUGGCCCACGCCCAUAUCCAGCAGAACAUGCGCGCCAUGGGCACCCACACGCUUGGCCGGCUGCCGUCGCACAACCACAGCCCCACCCACAUGACCGGUCCCAAUAAUGCAGUAGCAGUCGCAGCAGCAGCAAACGCCGCCGCCAAUUUGCCGCCGACCACGCAGGCCGCCCAACAACAGCAACAGCAGCAGCAACAGCAGGCACAACAGCAGCAGCAGGCACAGCAGCAAUUGGGAGGACCACAGCCCAUAUAUUGCCAUCAUCCGCACCAGCAUCCGCAUCCCCACCCGCACCAGCAUCCGCAUUCGCAUUCAGCCGCCGCCGUGGCCGCUGCAGUGCAGCACCAGCACGCGAUCUACCAUCAGCAGCAGGCCCAGCAAUAUGGCACCUAUACGACAGCGGCCCACCACGGACCGCAUCAUUUGGGGCCGGGCCAGAGCCAGAUCUACCAACAGAUUCCGGCCCACUUGGCGCCGCAACUGGCGGCCAAUGGGAAUCCGCAUUCCAUAUACCAGCCGCUAGUUGCCGUCAGCCAGGGCUCCAUAUACGUAUCGAAUUUGGCCACGAUGCGGCGGCAGAAUAGCCAAGGCGGACCACAGAUACCGGCCCAUCAGCAUCCACCCAGCUUGCAUCAGCAGCAGCAGCCACCGCCGCCUUCGCAGCAACAGCAACAGUUGCACCAGCUCAAGUCACCGCAGCAACAUCAGCAGCAAUUGCAGCAGCAGCACCAGCAGCAGCAACACCACCAGCAGCAACAGCAACAGCAGCAGCAUCACCAGCAGCAACAGCAAAACGAGUCGGAUGUCAUUCCCAUUAGCACGGCCAUGGAUAGCGCCAUUUACGAUCGGGAUAAGCAGAUUUACAAGUGCUCCACUUUAAGGCAGGGCGGCAAGUUCGAUCCCAAGUACAAGCCAUCGAUACUCAAUUGCCCGCUGCCGGAGAUCCCCAAGGAUGCGGAGCAGCCCAAGGUGGAGUCCAUCUAUGAGCAGCGCCAGCAGGCCCACCACCAAAACUACUCAAAGACCCUGCAGCGUCCUCCGAUGAAAUUGCCGCCGCAGAUGAAGGCGAUCCCGCCGCCGCGCAUUGGAACGCCCACCUCGCCGCCACCACCCGCCGGUCAGCCGCUGGGCGAGACCAACGGAGGAGUACCAUCUGGCCUCCAGAAUGGGGGAGGCGCAGGAGGAUUGGCCGGGGGAAACGCCAACGAGGACAACUCGCUGCCGCCACCGCCGCUGGAGGCGCAAACCGAGGCGACCAAGGGCCGUAUCGGACCGGCGGCUAAUGGCAAGGUCCUCCACAACGGCGGCGGCGGUGGGGGCGUGCCCGGUGGGGGCGGAGGAACGGUGGACGAUGAUGAUGACCUGCCGCCGCCACCGCCAGCGAUAACCGACGAAAGCAACUACGCGGUGACAGAGCUGUAAGAUGGAGAGCUAGAGCCAGAAAAAACCAGAAAAGUCAGGCAAAGAAGUAUAGACAGGAAUUGGUCAGGACUUGGGAUUGGGGGAGUCUUCCUAGAAUUCGUGUAGGAUAGAUAUACAUAUAUCGAGGGACAAAGGAAUGGGACUAAGGAUUGCUGGAGCGGCGAGUGUUCCUUCUUGAUUUGUUGCAUUUAACGUAUCGUAUCGAAAUCGUAUCCUAGACCGGAAUCCUGCUUUUCGACUUUUGUACAUACUAUACACAGAACUAUAUCUGAACAUUCCAAAGAAAUGGAUAUAAACACACAGAUACUAGACACGCACAGACAGACAGACGAACAUAUGUAACAUAUAUCAGCGAUCUAUUACUUAUAUAAAUAUAUAUCCAUUUAGGACACGGUUAUUCCCUUUUGAUAAUAGCAUAUUUUUACCAAUUUUAAAGCGCUAAAUUGUCAAAAAGAAACAAUUUUAUGGGGGCUAACUUAUUGUAUUAUACAACAUUAAUCUACAAAAAUAUAUAAAUUGUAUAUCCUCUACAACCAAAACCAUACUGGAAUCGAAAGACCGACACUCGAACCUAAAAACCAACCACCAAAUAAUGAAAAUCGAAUUCGGAUCGUAGGUCAUAAGUUCUAGAAUCGAACUGUAGUAGAAACGUUAGCAAAGUUUUUUUAGGCACUUGUCGGGAGUCAAUUUUUAAGUAGAGAACGGGUAUCUGAAUGGAUGGGCAAAGGGGCGUGGCAGGUUUUUAUUUAGGUUUCGGAAAUUUUGAGAUAUUUUUAGUUAUAAUCAGGGAUGAAAAUUUAUUACCAAUCCAAAAUCAAGUUUAGAGCCACAGAUUUCUUAUUCAUUUUGAGAACCGGCUUUCUCCCUUGAUAUAUAUUUUCAAUCGAUUUUCAAAUCUCCAUAAAUUGUUGUGGCACCCCUGAACUAUUUAUUUAAUCCGGGAAAUCAUUACACUUCUUUUAUUUUUUAAGUUUAUUUAAUCUAAUGAGCUAACAAAUUCUCCUACAAUUUAUAUACAUAUGUGAUAUUCUAAACUCUAGUCAUUCCAAUAUUAUUGCGAUCGCUCAGAAGGCAUUCAAAUAUUGAAAGUACUUUAUUUAUCAUUUUCAACUUAAUGCGAAUUUCACGAUUUUGAUUUGUAAUAUUCGACAUUUAAUAACAAACUUUUUAUGGCUUAAGUUCCUGACUGAUUGCAUUUAUACCUACUCCUAAAAUAAAUGUUGCUAAAAAUGAAGAAUAAUGGUGAGGAAACCCCAAUGUUUUUAAAGGAUUCCUUAUUUUAUGUUAUAAGAAUAUUGAACCGAAAUGACCUCGAGUAUGCCAAACUUACAUUAGUUAAUGGACAAUUAUUUAAACACUCCAAAACAUGAACUGCUAUUGUUAAGACCCCGAAUCUCCAAUCUUCAAUCUCUCAUCUCCAAUCUCCGAGCCCCAGCCAUUCAGAGGGAUACCCCGUUUAGUGCUCGACUCUUUCCUGGGUCUGGGUUGUGCUGCGGACGAUUCCACACACAGGAUCGUCCGGGACUGGCGGGCUAAAUCGAUCGCGGAUUUGAGCCUGCGAUUUUAUUGUGUAUCUAACCUAAGCUUAACAUGGAAUGCAUUUAUUAAAACUAAACAUAAACAAAGAUAUAUGUAGAUAUUUAGUGGGCUAACUGUAUAUUUAGUAGCUAAACGAAAGGCAAAUAGCGUAAACAAUAACCAAAUAGAUGAGAGAUUAAAGUUGGUUGCAGGCGGUGCACCUGUUUGCAACCAUCUUAAGAUUCGACUUGGCAUGGAACCGAUAGCAAUAUGAAACUAAAAAAAAGUACUGCCCCCCAAAAAAAAAAAAAAAAACCGACAAAAUGGAACCGAACUACAAAGUUAUAUAGAUAUAUACACAAGCGAUAUAUACACAAAUAGAUAUUAUAAAACAAAAUAGUUAUAGACAAGAUACUUAAGCCUAUCGACAACUAUAUACCAGCAACACACAGCAAGAAUAAUCGAAGCAUUUUUAGAGGGAUUCCCGGAGGCCAACUUCAAAUGGACGAGGCCAAUCAACUAAGUCGAACCCCAAACACUGCCCACACAGCGAAAGUUCUCAACAUUUACCGAUCUAGCCAUAAUAUAUACACUUAACGAACCCUAACUAGAGCGUACUCUCAUUGAAAGAUCAAUUGUAAGAUAUUAACAAUCGGGUACUCAAAUCGAAAUUAACUCAAUCGUAAAACACAAGCGACAUUUUUAAAGUAAAUAUGUAAAGAUGGUGUAAAGAAAAACGGAACAAACUAAUCAAGUUUUUUAUUCGCUUAUUAUACAAUUACAAGUUAUAAAAAAAAACAUACAAACCUUCUCAGGGGGUCAUCAAAAAUAUUACAGCAAAACUGAAUCGAAUCCUUUAAGGAUCCCCGUAAUCCCCAUAAACAGUACCAAAUUAAGCAUUGGAUGACACCGAAAAAGCCCCUUGGGAAGCAGCGUUUUGGUCAUGGAAGUUUCGAGCCUAGAUCGAAGCUCAAUUUACACGUACAUAUAAAUAUAACACAAUUAGUUCGUAAAUAUAUUUCUGUGUUAAAUGUUGUCAUCGUACGCGUUGUAGUUAUUACAAAAGAAAAUCCCUAAAAAAAAUAAAAACCCAAAAGAAGCCGUACUCAAAAUACACAAAACCUGGGCAAAUUGGCAAAAGAGAUCCAAAUCGAAAUUCGCAAGUUUAUUUCGAAAGCCCAUCGGCAGCAGCAAUAAGACAAGAUAAGAUCGAGUUGUACAACAUAUAUAUAUAUAUAUCUAUAUAUAUAUAUAUAUAUAUAAAUAAAUAUAUAGUAUGCAUAGUUAAAGAAAAUGUAAAGAACAGAGGCAUAAAUCGAAGCGCUUAGUGGCAUAUUAAUAAACGAGUAAAAAUAAAAAUGAGAGACAAAAAGUAA